AUGGACAAGUUCAAGUUACCCGCCUUCCUACGGCGCGGGGGGAAAGAGAAAGUAACUGCUUCAUCGGAGAAUUUCCACGUGGGAGAAAAUGAUGAGAACCAGGAACGUGGGAACUGGUCCCAAAAAUCUGAUUAUCUUCUCUCCAUGGUUGGAUAUGCAGUAGGACUGGGAAAUGUCUGGAGAUUUCCUUAUUUGACUUACCAGAAUGGAGGAGGUGCCUUCCUCAUACCCUAUACAAUAAUGUUGGCACUGGCGGGGUUGCCCUUGUUCUUUCUGGAGUGCUCACUGGGACAGUUCGCCAGCCUGGGGCCACUUUCAGUUUGGAGGAUUCUGCCACUUUUUCAAGGUGUGGGAAUCACUAUGAUCUUGAUCUCGAUCUUCGUAGCCAUCUAUUAUAAUGUCAUCAUCGCCUAUAGUCUCUACUAUUUAUUUGCUUCAUUUCAAAAAGUCCUGCCCUGGUCUGAAUGCUUCUACUGGGCAGAUAGCAACUGCAGCCGAACCCCCAUAGUAACUCACUGUAAUGUGAGCUUGAAUAUGGGAGUCAUUGUCCAAAUGAACUAUUCGCUGGUACUUGAAAACAAUCUGACUUGCAUAAACGGCACUAAGGUGGAACAGCCGGGGCAGCUUCCCAGUGAGCAGUAUUGGGACAAAGUGGCACUCCAGCGUUCCAGUAGCAUGGAUGAAACUGGUGUGAUUGUGUGGUACCUGGCACUCUGCCUUCUUCUGGCCUGGAUUAUAGUUGGAGCAGCACUGUUUAAAGGGAUCAAAUCUUCAGGCAAGGUGGUCUAUUUCACAGCCUUGUUCCCAUAUGUGGUCUUGUUGAUCCUGUUGGUGCGAGGUGCAACACUCGAAGGUGCCUCCAAAGGUAUUUCCUACUACAUUGGAGAGCAGUCGAAUUUCACAAAACUGAAGGAAGCAGAGGUCUGGAAAGAUGCUGCUACCCAGAUAUUCUACUCACUCUCAGUGGCCUGGGGUGGCUUGGUUGCUCUCUCGUCUUACAAUAAAUUUAAUAACAACUGCUACUCUGAUGCCAUCAUGGUUUGUCUGACAAACUGCUUGACCAGUGUGUUUGCUGGAUUUGCCAUUUUUUCCAUAUUGGGACACAUGGCUCACAUAUCUGGAAAAGAGGUCUCCCAGGUUGUAAAAUCAGGUUUUGAUCUGGCAUUCAUUGCUUAUCCAGAAGCUCUGUCACAGCUCCCAGUUGCCCCGUUUUGGUCUAUAUUAUUUUUCUUCAUGCUUUUGACUUUGGGUCUCGACUCUCAGUUUGCUUUAAUAGAAACAAUUAUGACAACCAUUCAAGAUUUAUUUCCCCAAGUGAUGAAGAGAUUGAGAGGUCCCAUAACUUUGGGUUGCUGCUUGAUUUUGCUUUUACUAGGUCUGGUCUGUGUAACUCAGGCUGGAAUUUACUGGGUCAAUCUCAUUGACCAUUUCUGUGCUGGAUGGGGCAUUCUGAUUGCAGCCAUACUGGAAAUAAUAGGGAUCAUAUGGAUUUAUGGUGGGAACAGAUUCAUUGAAGACAUAGAGAUGAUGAUCGGAGCCAAGAGGUGGAUAUUCUGGCUGUGGUGGAGAGCCUGCUGGUUUUUCGUUACUCCUCUUCUUUUGAUGACCAUUUUCAUCUGGUCCCUGGUGGCAUUUCGGAAACCGGAGUACGGUGAAAUUCCAUAUCCUACUUGGUCACUUGCUCUAGGCUGGUGCAUGAUUAUUUUCUGCAUCAUAUGGAUCCCUAUCAUGGCAAUAGUGAAAAUAAUAAAAGCCAAGGGCACCUUUGUUCAGCGUUUUAUAAGUUGCUGCCGACCAGCUUCCAACUGGGGCCCAUACCUAGAGCGGCAUCGUGGCGAGAGAUACAGAGGCAUGGUUGACCCUAGAAAAGAGCAUGACCACGAAAUACCAACUGUCAGUGGCAAUACAAAACCAGAGUAAGACUCAUUUGGAAUACAGAUUUCAUGUGAUUUUUUAGAAUGGAGAGAAUACAGAAAAUGAAAAGCCAUAGUAUUUAUUU